AUGAGCGCCGCCGGUGACAUGUUUAGUAAGUCCAAGGUGUUCGUCAGGACCCAGAAGGCCAAUGCCUACUUCAAGCGUUUCCAAGUCCAGUUCAAGAGACGAAGGGAUGGCAAGACCGACUACAGAGCCAGGAUUAGGCUCAUCAACCAAGACAAAAAUAAGUACAACACCCCCAAGUACCGAUUUGUUGUCAGAUUUACCAACAAGGAUAUCACUGCCCAAAUCGUGUCUGCAAGCGUUGCUGGUGAUAUGGUCCUUGCCGCAGCCUACUCACACGAAUUGCCACGUUAUGGACUUGAGGUUGGCCUAAAAAACUAUGCUGCAGCGUACUGCACUGGACUUCUUUUGGCUCGCCGAGUUUUGAAGCUCCGUGAUUUGGAUCAGGAAUAUGAGGGCAAUGUUGAGGCUACUGGUGAGGAUUUCUCUGUUGAGCCAGCUGAUGGCAGGAGGCCGUUUCGUGCACUCUUGGAUGUUGGUCUUAUUAGGACUACAACUGGCAACCGUGUCUUUGGUGCCCUUAAGGGAGCACUGGAUGGAGGUCUUGACAUUCCCCACAGCGACAAGAGGUUUGCUGGCUUCAAGAAGGAUGAGAAGCAGCUUGAUGCAGAAGUUCACCACAAGUACAUCUACGGUGGUUAUGUUGCGGACUACAUGAGGACACUGGCUGAGGAGGAGUCUGAGAAGUACCAAUCUCACUUCAGCGAGUAUAUUAAGAAGGGCAUCAAGGCAGAUGAUGUGGAGACUCUUUACAAGAAGGUGCAUGCUGCAAUCCGUGCUGAUCCUAGCGUGGCAAAAUCCACAAAGGAAUCACCAAAGGAGCACAAGAGAUACAACCCCAAGAAGCUUACGCAUGAGGAGAGGAGAUCCAGGCUUGUCGAGAGGCUGAAUGCGCUCAACUCCUCCGGUGGUGACAACGGUCAGGAUGAGGACAAAUGAAACGGAAUGGUCGCGCCAUUAAAUAGCUGGGCUGGUUUUACCUGGCAAUAGGAACUUUUCUUUUGUUGAAGAGUCUUGGCAGGAAUGCUUUGGUUUGGAUAUAGUCUUUAAUUUUG